CUCUGCAGCUCAGCAGUCAAAGAAGUCCUAUCCCUCUGACAAGAUUCGUUACAAUGAGAAAGUAAAAGGCAGAAGCACAAACAUCACUCUCAAUCCGCAAGUUGCUGCGAAGCUUUUUGAGGCUCAAGAGUUGCUGAAGAAUGCAUCAGGCAAGCCCCUCUCCACCCCAGCAACUGUGGGGUGGCUUCUUGAGAACUGCCAGGAGAAGCUUCAAGGGCUGGUGCAAGCAACUAGAGCUCCAGAUGCAGCAAAGCAAGGCGGAACGGGACCUGGACUUGGGGGGCAAAGUCCAGGUGGGCAAGAUGACUCAGAGGAUGAGAUGGAUCUUGGCUUGCUGAGUGAGAUUAGUCCUUCUCGUGUGUUGCCUGCUUUGAGGAAGAAGGAUGCUUUCUUUGAUGAGCGCACUGGCUUUCUGGACUUGGACGAUCCAGAGUUGGAGCCAGACUUUCAAGAGCUGGAAUCUGAGCAGCCAUCAGAUGUUGGACCUUCUGAGAAGGAGGAGAAGCUACCCUCUGUCUAUCUUGGGGAGUUGUCGAAGCUUGCGGAGUUUGUAGCUCUUUUCCCGCCAGUAUGCCAUGCUCGGGGCUGUGGAUGUCGGAUGGCAGCUGACAGGGUGGUCAGUCUGAAUGGGACAGCUGUGAUCCAUCUCAAGUGCACCUCUGGGGAACAUUCUGCAUUGUGGAGGUCAGCUGACGAGGAUGCUGCAACUCAGAUUCCUCUGGUUACUCGCAAGUUCUUUCAUGCUGCACUGUGUGCGGGCAUGGGCUUUACUGAGCUUUCUGAGUUUUCUGAGGAAUUGGGUUUGCAGUCACCUUCAGAGAAGCUGUUCUACAGAUUUCAGAAUGGGGUGGAAGGCGAUGAGAAUGGGGUGGGGAAAAUUAAAGGCUGGUGUGAGGCUGUUCUUGAGGUUGCCGCUGAGAACAUGGCAGAGGUCAGGGCUCAUGUGAAGGAGAGGGAUGGGGAGGAAGGGACUGUGGUAUUCAUGGAUGCUCGGUUUGAUUCAAGCAGAGAUGGAUACCACGGAACUGUGCCUGCCCUGGAUAUGAAGUCCGGGAAGUGUGUGAACAUUGUGACUUUGACGAGGGAGGAGACAGGCAGUUCUUGGAAAACUGAAGAUGCUGCAGUCAGACAGGCAGUGGAUGAGCUCAUUGAGCAGGGUGUCAAACUGGUUGAGGUAGUCCAUGAUGACAAGGCUUCAGUGGACUCCAUUCUGGCAGAGUUGGACAUCGAUAGUCAGAAGGAUCUCUGGCACAAGUGCAAGAAACUGGUGGCCUACUUCAAUGAGGAAGUUGCAAAAGCCAAGAGGGGGGAUCUGACAAGCCUGUCUGAAGCUCGCUGUGCGCAGGAUCUUCAAAGACUGACUGUCGCUGUUCUGAAGGAGCACUUGAAGGCAGCAAAACUUGACCUCAAAGGUAAGAAAGAUGAGCUGGUGGACAGGUUGUGGAAGAGUUUCGGGAGGGAGGAGGAAGAGGUUGCUCAGGAUACUCGUCUGCUGAAGCACCCUGCGCUGUCUAGCAACAGGAUCCCAGAUAAGCUGAAGACUCAUGUCUACAAUGCAAGCUUUGCGCGUGCAGCUGCCAAAGAUGACGAUGUUGCGGCCUUGUGCAAGGAUAUCCACAAUGCGGCUGACCACUGGGCAGGAGAUCAUUCAGUGUGUGCAGCCAUUGACCCCGACAGGAAGUGUGUCAAGGAAAGCUGGGACGGGACCAGAGCAUACUAUGAGAAGGGAGGUGAGACCCAUCUGGCUGUGAAGCAGUGGCUUCAGAAGAAAUGCACGCCUGCCAAGAUGAAGUUUUACACAAGGGCUCGCGAGAACUACUUGUCUGAAACGUUCAACUCCCUGAUUAACAAGUAUGCGACCAAGAGGAUCCACUACAGCAAGAGCCACCUGGCACGGGUUGCAUGCGCAGCGCUGGACUGGAACGAGGGACGGGAUAGAGUGGUUCUUCUGAAGAAGGCCCUGCGGGGCCUGCCAGACCCGGCUGAUGCUGAAAAGGUGGUUUAA